GCGACGCGAGCGGCGUUUUCGCACCCCUCCCUCCCGCGGUGUAUGCGUCCGCUCCGGGAAAAAAAUAAUCCCUAGCUACCUCCCCCUCGGUGCUACCCCGCGCGUGCCCGGUCCGGACCCACAGUACCUCUGGGAGUGGAAGGACAAUGACGGGCAGGGCCCGAGCCCGUGGGAGAGCCCGCGGCCAGGCGCUUCACACGACCUCCCUAGCAGCAGCUGUCGGUCCACCAGGUUUCCAAAGUCAGCAGCCUGGACAACCUAGACUGCAGCUGCAACCACAGCCACCCCCACCAGCAGAAGGAGAAUAUGUUGGCCGUGGGCAUCCGAAAGGGAUCCCAGCUGUACCAGAGCCACCAAGUGAAGCAGGAAAACUUGAGAUAUCAGCUGGCUUUCAGGAGCUGUCAUUAGGAGAGAGGGGUGGACGUCGUCGAGAUUUCCAUGACCUUGGAGUAAAUACUCGCCAAGCCAUAGAACAUGUUAAAGAAUCAAAAACAGGUACUUCAGGUGCUAUCAUAAAAUUAAGUACAAACCACUUCCGGUUGACCUCUCGUCCGCAGUGGGCUUUAUAUCAGUACCAUAUUAACUACAAUCCUCAGAUGGAAGCGCGACGUCUCCGCUCAGCUUUACUGUUUCAGCAUGAAGAACUAAUUGGAAGAACACGUGUGUUUGAUGGAACAACAUUAUUCUUACCAAAAAAAUUAGAAAACAAGGUUACUGAGGUGUGUAGUCAGACCAGGAAUGGAGAGAUCGUGAAGAUUACUAUCACUUUAACCAGUGAGCUGCCACCUACUUCACCUACCUGCCUACAGUUUUACAACAUUAUUUUCAGGAGGCUUUUGAAGAUGAUGAACUUGCAGCAAAUUGGACGUAAUUAUUACAACCCAAAUGACCCAAUCAGCAUCCCUAAUCACAGGGUAAUCAUCUGGCCAGGUUUCACUACUUCUAUUCUUCAGUAUGAGACAAGCAUCAUGUUAUGUACAGAUGUGAGCCAUAAGGUUCUCCGGAGUGAAACUGUGUUGGAUUUCAUGUACAAUCUGUAUAGUCAGGUUGAAGAACAAAGAUUUAGAGAUAUCUGUGCUAAAGAACUCAUAGGUCUAAUUGUUCUUACAAAAUACAACAACAAAACUUACCGAGUUGAUGACAUUGACUGGGAUGCCAAUCCAAGAUGCACCUUUAAGAAAGCAGAUGGAUCUGAAAUCAGCUAUGUAGACUACUACAGAAUGCAAUAUAACCAAGAAAUCACUGACUUGAACCAGCCAGUUUUGGUCAGUCAGACAAAGAGGAAGAGGGGGCCAGGAGGUGUAAUGCCAGGGCCUGCAGUACUUAUUCCUGAGCUGUGCUACCUGACAGGGUUAACUGAUAAGAUGCGUAGUGAUUUUAAUGUGAUGAAAGACUUGUCUCUUCAUACAAGACUGACGCCGGAGAGAAGAGAGCGUGAAGUUGGAAGACUUAUUAACUACAUUCAACAGGAUGACAGUGUUCAGAAGGAACUUCGUGACUGGGGUUUAAGCUUUGAUUCCCGUUUACUAUCUUUUACUGGAAGAGUAAUUCAAGCCGAAAAGAUCCAUCAAUCAGGGAGAGCGUUUGAAUACAACCCUCAAUUUGCAGACUGGUCAAAAGAAACUAGAGGAGCCCCCUUAAUAAGUGUAAAGCCACUGGACAACUGGUUACUAGUAUAUACACGGCGCAACUAUGAUGCAGCCAAUGCACUUGUUCAGAAUCUUUUCAAAGUCACACCAUCCAUGGGCAUACGAAUGAACAAAGCAAUCAUGGUUGAAGUAGAAGAUAGAACAGAAGCUUAUUUGAGGACUUUGAAACAAAAAGUUACUUCUGACAUACAGAUAGUAGUUUGCCUUUUGUCCAGUAAUCGCAAAGAUAAGUAUGAUGCUAUCAAGAAGUACUUGUGCACGGAUUGUCCCACUCCAAGUCAAUGUGUGAUAGCUCGCACAUUAAGUAAGCCACAGACUAUAAUGGCCAUAGCAACAAAAAUUGCAUUACAAAUGAACUGCAAGAUGGGUGGAGAGCUCUGGAGUGUUGAAAUUCCACUGAAACAACUCAUGGUUGUGGGGAUUGACUGUUACCAUGAUAAUACAGCUGGGAGGAGGUCAGUUGCAGGAUUUGUUGCUAGCCUGAAUCAGGGAAUGACACGGUGGUUUUCACGCUGUAUCUUACAAGAUCGUGGACAAGAACUUGUGGAUGAGCUCAAGGUCUGUUUACAAGCUGCUUUAAGAGCCUGGUUCAGCUGCAAUCAACAAAUGCCUUCUCGCAUUAUUGUGUAUCGUGAUGGGGUAGGAGAUGGUCAGCUAAAAACCUUGUUCUCUUAUGAAGUUCCUCAGCUUUUGGAUUGCUUGAAAUCUGUUGGUAAAGACUACAAUCCAAGACUUACAGUGAUAGUUGUGAAGAAGCGAGUGAAUGCCAGAUUCUUUGCCCAGGCUGGUGGAAAACUUCAGAAUCCACCCCCUGGUACAGUUAUUGAUGUGGAGGUCACCAGGCCAGAAUGGUAUGAUUUCUUCAUUGUGAGCCAGGCUGUGAGAAGUGGUAGCGUGUCACCAACUCACUACAAUGUAAUUUAUGACAGUAGUGCAUUGAAACCAGAUCAUAUGCAACGUUUAACUUACAAGUUGUGCCACAUGUAUUAUAACUGGCCAGGUGUUAUCAGAGUGCCUGCUCCCUGCCAGUAUGCCCAUAAAUUGGCUUUCCUCGUAGGUCAGAGCAUUCACCGAGAACCCAAUCUGUCACUGUCGGACCGUUUGUAUUACCUGUGAACUACAUGUACUAAGUACAGUAGUAGCAAUGCAAUUGUAACUUCCCCUGGUACUAGUUUCUUUUUAGGAAAGCUGUAAUUUUUCUACAGUUUUGUUGAGAAAAUGGGAGGCGUGUGUGGGGUAAAUACAUACUACUUUUGUAUAAGGGUAGAGCUUUAUUUUCAUUAUAAAGUAACUAUGAUAACAUAAAGCAAUUCUGUCCAGUAAGCUUAAACUGCCUAUACAGCUGUACAAAGCAGAAAUGAGUCUCUUGCUGCCUGCUGAAAAGCAUUUUAAGGUGUAGAGCAAAACAAACCUCUCCAGUUUCUACACUAAACAAGUUCCUAAAACUAGACGUAAGGGACACUUUUACACGAGCCCUGGGGCUGGAAUGGGGGGGAGGCGGGGUGAUGCUUUAAUUACAGCAGCUCAGAGAGCUGCUCUACUUAAAACACCGCUGUGUCUUCUGCAUCACCAUCCCAGCACUUAAAAAUGGCAGUGGGGGGCGCUUGAACCAAAAGCUUGAACAAGCUUUUGGUUCAAGCACCCCCACCGCCACUUUUAAGCGCAGGAGCGCUGAUACACGAGACGCAGGAGGCUGCUGGAAUUGCAGUGCAUUAGAGCAGCUCCACUGCUUGUGUGCAGGUGCCCAGGCAUACUAGCUAGUGAAAUUGGGGCAUGCUGUCGGCCCUGGAUUUUUUGCACGUCAGCUGUCUCCUGAAAACGGAAGCAAGCUGUCAAACCAUUAAUUAGCAACUUUUUUGGUGAGGCAGCGUCCAGAUGCGUUGCUGUAAGUAUGCUGAAAGGAAGCUAGUCUUGGUCUGAUGCUCUUUUUUGCAUAUACCAACAACAUAAAAAAUACAGACUGUUUUGUGCCUUAAUAGCUAAUUGGUUGUUAUAUCCGUUCUAAUAAAGAGAAGCUGAGGUAGCCCAAGCAUCAUGAAAUGCAAUACAGUAAAGAGAGAGAGAGCUCCAAAAUUCAAGGUUGAGAUGCUUUCUGAGAGAAAUUUAGAAAAUAAUGAUGAUGAUUGAGCUUGAAGCUGGUACAUUUGUAGCUAUGAGCAGUUCUGUAUUUUUUUUUUUUUUCUUUUCUUUUGACCACACAAUCUAAAGCUGUUACACUUCAGCUGAGGGAUGGCGGGGGGUCUGUUCCUAGUUAGUUUGGCCAAGUGUUUAGGUAGACUCUCACUGGCCCACUUCUAAGCCCCCACGUUAACCCCUCACAAACGUGCAGUCUGCGGGCCACCAGUUGGACAACUGAGGUAGACUAUUUGGAUUUCACUGAAGGGCUUGCUGCAGAAUUGAUUGCUUUUGGGUGUUGGGCCAGUCUGCUUUCAGGUCCCAGUGUUAGGGCUUUAACCAAUUCUGAUCAACAUGAUCAGUUUUCUACUUGUGCAGAUCCAGAGGAUUCUGGUUUUUCUCUCUGGGUUUGGGGUUUAGCUGCCUUUGGAUUAUUAUUAAAUAUUCUGUUGGAAAGUAUUUUUGCUUACAUCUGCAAGCUCAUUGUAGUACCUGAAAAAACCCUAACUCUUAGUUGUGAAAGUUGUUUCCUUUUUCUUGACAGAUUUCAGUAAAGUUCUAUGUAUAAAAUA